CAUUGAAAACCUUACGUUUACACAAGAAGAGGUCAAACAUUGACACCACUUAACACAGAUACGCCUAAUAAUAUUUUCUGCCUGUAGGGACUGUAACUUUGUCGACAUCCUUAACUGUUCGGACCUCUUUCUUUGUAUGAAGAUGUUUAAAACAAAUUUCAUGAUGGGAAGUGACUUGGGAAAUAUGGUAUCACACGAGAGAGCGCUAGAACUCAUUGUUAGGACCUUUAACAAUAAUCUCAUGAUUGUCCACCUGACGGCAUCGAUGAUACUUGAUUAAAAAAAAAAAGGUGUAGGAGCAGGAAAUCUCAGGUAUUUCCGGUCUGUGAUUGGCCAGUGUCAGCACGCGGGGGGCUGCACCAGCUCUCGUCAGUGAUCCACAGAGCGGACACCCGCCAUACCGGCGCGCUUUGACGUCAUCAGCCCUUCCCGGCGUGCAACUGCGGUGGGAGGAAGCGUCUGGUGUUAAUGGUUAAUCGUGUUUAUGGGAGGGAUAACGAAGUUACUUCACUGUCACCCGAUCCCGCCCCACCGCGAGACUUUCAUGACCUCUUCAUUCAUUUGCAUACCUUUUCUUUCUUUCUCCUUCUUUCUCUCUCGCGCUUCUAACGUGGAGGUUCGUGUGCAGGUUGUCAUUGUUUGUGCUGUUCCCCAGUUAGCGAGUUGUCAUCCAGAACCUGUCUAUUUAUUUAUUUUUGCCAGUCAACCGUUUUCUGUCAUUUUCUUUCACGAAUAUCAUCCCCCAUGCCCGCUCUCUCUCUCUCACCCGAGUUCUGCUCCCUGUUGUUGCCGUCAGUCUCUAUCUGAAUCCAGCCACCACCAUCACCCUUCCUUCAACCUCCUAGCGGCAUUUCGCCGCUAAAGAUUUCUGACUGGCUUCUAAAGCGAGCCGUGGUCUCGACCCCUUGCUGUUCCCCCGACUCGCCAUGCAACGGCUUCGCCUGUUGCCUUCUCCGCCGGCCUGCCUUCACAGCGCCUUGUAUGUGGGUGGUCCUCCGCGGCUCCCCCCCACGCCGUGUUGAGCUUUCGUUUCUCGCUGUUCUCUGUAAAACACAACUUAUUUUCCGAUUGUGAUAGCCGGCCCCCGGCCCUGCCCAUGAGGGAGCGCGGUGGUGGUCGGGCCUUGCUGCUCAUUGGUUCGUCUUGACCUCCCAACAUCCCACCCCUCCUCACUCCCUGUCAAAUUGCUGUGACUAACAACCCUUGGCAAACCUGGGUGGCAACCGAAGGAAGGAAGAUGAAGUUGAGAAACUCUGUUGGGCUUCACCCCGCGCCGCACGCCACCCGGCACCCCUAUCUCCAGGUCGCUUCUUCAUCUCUCACCCUCCUUUCUUGAGUCUUUUUGUGAGUGUGUUCUGUGAGUCGAAUUGAGGUUUCGCCGUGAGUAGAACCGCAGUGUGGUUCGUUGCUGCUGGGACAAAACGAGGACGGCGAGAGGAGGAACGCCGAUUCUUGACGCUCUCGUCAGUCGGAGUCCUGUGUGGUCUGGAUUGUCUUUUUUUCAUCCUUCUUCCCACGCUUCGGACGUUGUGAGAGCCGGAGAGACAGGCGGAGGAAGAAGCAACAGCAGCGCGGUUUGGUGACGUCCUCGAAACAACUCCGGAAACGUCACCGGUUUGUGUUUACGAACAUCAAUCUCAUCGAGUCGAGGUUUCUUCGAGGAGCAAACGACCGUGAGAGAAAGAAAGAGCAAGUACUCGAUCAUUUGACACCUGUUCGUGACGUUGAGUUUUCGCGCGAGCAAAUGAAAAGGUACGUGGAAUCCUUUCUUAAAAAUCCCGUCUGGGUGUUUUGACCUGUGUGUACUCGCGCUUGAAGUGUGUGAGGGCAUCAUUCCCUUGUCCGUCGACACUGGAUAGAAAGAAGAGUGAUUUGUCCAUCUGUCGAUUCUGGAUAUCUGCGUGUUUGUUUGUCGGUCUUACAAUCUGUAGAAGUGUGGCUCUACUCAGAGUGUUCGGUUAGAAAAGCUGGGUGGUGGUGUUCGGAAACCGUGAAGGCUGACUGGUGUUGGGGUCAAAGGUUUGGUCAUUCGAUUAUCCCUGCCAUCAUGUCUUGCUGGCUUUGUUCUGACUUGCCAACAGUGAAGUUCGCGUGCACUGGAGACAUAAACGCCUGUCUGUGUGUGUGUGUGGAGAAUUCCACUGUCCGGGAAUCUGUGAAUCUGUGGCUGAGGGUAACCUGUGAACAGAGAGAGAACAGAUGGUUAACUGUGUGAACAUGUAAAGGAUUUCAACCGUGAGGGCAACAUACAGAGGAAAGGGGAUCGUGAAGAGAGAUUGUAAGAACCUGUUGAAUUAUCGUUGAUGAUCGUCGAUUGGAUUUUCUGUCGAGUUGAACUCUGGCACCACGCUGCAAUGCUGCUAGCAGAUGAAUUAUUUCCAAUGAAAGCGGACAUUUUUCUUGCUGCCAUGGAUACAAGGAGGGUGAUUUUAAUGUCAUUAGACUGAGAUCUUGAAUGUUAUUGGACAACAUUAAGUGUGGCAAUCAUCUGAGAAGAUCGACAUUUCUAGCGGGAUCGUGCAGUGGAGAUGUGGCAUCAAUCGUAGAUUAUCAUGAAAAUAAAAUGUGUUGGAAUGACAAGCUCAGAAAUACUCUUCUUGCCAGUGUCACAAUGGCAACAAAUAACGGCAAGAAGUUGGCAUCAGUGCUUGAGUCAUCAGACAGGACUGAGAUGGCAAAGUGUGUUUAAUAUUACCUCUUGAAUAUACUCGGUGGCAGGAGUCCUUGGCACAAAUUUUGACAGAACUAAAUCUCGUCCAACGGAAAGUCUGGUAGAAUUUUAAACUUAAAGUCGCACCAUAUUCAGAUUUAAAAGAAGGCAUAAAAUAUCUGAAUAAGUUCUUCAGGAAGACGACAGGAAUAAAAUUAAAAUAUUAAUAUCUCACGACGUUGACAUUUUACAUUCUCUCAGAUGUGUAUAUCAUGUUGGUUGUAGAGGUUCUGUGUCAAAAGUUUUAUUGGACAGUCAAGGAAACAAUUUAAACUCUAGAAACAUUUGUGAACGCAGACAUAAAUUUUGUGGCUGCAUCGAACUUGAUUCCUUUGUGAUUUUAAUCACGCGAAGUGCGAACUGCCAUUUUGGUUAGACCCUCAUAUUGUGGCCACUAGCAUCAGAAGUGUGGACACAGGUGAAAGGUAAGUAGUUUGCCGAGUAUAUAAGAAUCUAAAAUGAAGUCGCUUUGAUGGCCUUAUAAGUUGGAGGGUCAUGACUCAGCCACGACCAUACAAAACUGCUUCUGACGGGAUGUCCUCGUGUGCGACGUAGCCUGCGAUCGGUGUGGUUCAGAGGUCAAGGAGUGGCCGAUGAGGAGGAGAGGAGUCUGAGCUUCUGGAGUUGAAUAACAAGGACGAUGACUCCAGAGACUGCGCGCGCUUGUUGAUUCAAUAACAACAACUGGCAAAAGUGUUUUCUCACCGGUGCGUUGACCUCUUUGGAAGUCUGCUGAAGGGUCACAUUUGGGAGUCUUCUGGAAGGGAUCGUCUGUAAAGUUUACUCGUUGACAAGACCAAGCUCCCAGCUGCCAGUUUUGUUGAAGUCCGAGAGGUUUGUCUCCUCAAUUGAGGAAGAAGACUUCGCUACCUUCAAGAUGACCUGUGGAGGUUGUACACCUGAGGUCACGGGGGUAGUAGCAGCGUGGAUUGAGAGAUCGUGCUUCGGAGGGUCGGACGGAUCUUUGAGAGGGUUUCACGAGGGCAACAUCGUGAGCUACAGCCAGGACAGUGACUCAUCAUUUGACGAAGAUGUGAUACGGCGCCUCUUGGAAUUAUAUAUCUCAGACGCCGCCCAGAAGCUACGGCGAGGGCACACGGUCAGCCGACCACCCAGCAGCCAUAUCACCCGGGUGGACGAGGAGUCGAGCGCCUCGGACAGUGGGGGUCGGUCUGGCUCUCGGCACCUGCUGCGUCCUGGGUCGGUGGGGGUCUCGGCCCGCUUGGUGGAGACCGUCGACCGGGGGGUGGGACCCACACCACAUCCCUUACCGCCCUCGGUGUCGGAUUACCCGCCCUUUCCGAACUUCCUGUUGCCGCCUUAUGUGGACCCCAGAAACGGAUUGUUAGAGCCUCCCUAUGGCCUGGGGUACCCAUAUCCUUCACACUACUCUCCCUAUGUAAACCCGCCCUUGCCGCUCAGCACUUCCACCCUGGAGGGGCGAUAUCAUUGGCCACCCCCUCUCCCCACCUUUCACCAGCCCCUCCCUCCGGGACUAGCACCAAGCCCUGUGCAGUCGGACAUCUCCAUAUUGAGCAUGCGCAGUCCUGUCCUGCCAGGUGAGUCGGUCACACAGCUGGCCUCACGAAUCCAAUGGGAGCAUCUACAACGGGCAUACUAUCACAGUCCUGGACCCGGACGUCGAUUUAGUCCAGCAAGCCUUGCUGGGCUACCUCUGGCAGGAUCCCUGGGAGAUCUUUUCCCACCGUCCCUCAGUCAACGUGGUGUGGGUGGGGGGACAGCGAGUGGCUAUGUCUCAGGCUCUGAUGCCCGUGGCUACAUCUCAGGGUCAGAAAUCCGUGGCUAUGCAUCAGGGUCAGAUGUGCCCCCUACUCCUGGUAGUGGCAGCAUUACUCUUCCCGGCUCUCUUGAAGGAUCUCGGCUGACCAGCCCUCGCCCUAGCAUUGUGGGCAAGAGUCGCAAGCGUGCAUUGUCCCAUUCUCAUUCCGACUACCUCGACAUUCAAAGUCUCACAAGAAGCUCUGAAGGUUCACUGCAGCUAACAUCAUUUUUACAGCACAAUUCCCGUAGCUCCAGUGCUGCCAGUGGAUCUUAUGGCCAUUUGUCUCAUCUUUGGGUACUGUCAGCCCUCAUCCUCCACUGCCUCCGAAUCCUUAUUUCCGCCAUGGACCAAUGGCUCCGGCGCCACCAUUCUACUAUCCACCCAUCCUUGCCUCCAGCCCUAAUGGGCAGACAACCACCUGGUGUCACUCUGCUUCCACCAGGCCCCCAUCCUCUUCUGCCACAGCCACCUCCUGCCAAGUUUGAUCAUCAGAUCUCAACAACAAUGAAAGAUGCUGGUAGCAGUGUAGUGAGUAGCACUAUGGAUAACAGUGAGAAUAAAAAGUCCAAAAUCAAGAAAGAGGCAGAAACUAUAGAGAGGGAGGAGGGAGAUGAAGAGGAUGAAGGGGGGGAUGGUUAUGGAGCGGGUCAUGUGCCACAGGAAGGGGAGCCAGACUUCAUUGAAACCAACUGCCACUGGAUUGAUUGUGCACGAGAAUUUGAAACACAGGAUGAACUAGUCAAGCAUAUCAAUCAGGAUCACAUCCAGGCAAACAAGAAGUCCUUCGUCUGCCGCUGGAAAGACUGUAGUAGGGAGGAAAAACCUUUUAAGGCCCAGUAUAUGCUGGUUGUCCAUAUGCGUCGGCACACUGGAGAAAAACCACAUCGUUGUACAUUUGAAGGUUGUUCUAAGGCAUAUUCCCGUCUUGAGAAUCUGAAGACACACCUGAGAUCUCACACAGGUGAGAAACCAUACCUGUGUGAGUUUCCUGGCUGCACAAAAGCCUUCAGCAAUGCUUCGGACAGGGCUAAGCAUCAGAAUCGCACACACUCUAAUGCAAAACCAUAUGCAUGUAAAGCUGCAGGCUGCUCGAAGAGGUACACUGACCCUAGUUCUUUGAGGAAACAUGUGAAAACAGUCCAUGGACCAGAGUUUUAUGCCAACAAGAAGCACAAAGGCGAUGGAUGCAAGAAAGAGGACCCUGAUCAGGAUCUAGAUGGUAAAGAUGAUGAGAACAACAGACGAGUGGAGGACUGCCCUGCUGUCAUUUCCCCACAAGGGAUGGCUCCUGGUGAGAGAGCCAGAAUGCAGGACACUAUGGAGUCGGGGCCACAAUCCCAGCCAUCUCCACAGAGCAGCCCGGAGGUCAACGUUACGUGCAGUGUUCAACCAGAUUUGAUUGAUGAGCAUGUUGGGAGUUCUGCUGUGUUGUCAAACUCUGUAGAAGAAGAAGUGGAUAUCCCAGAACCUGAUGAAGCCGAUGUGCCUGGAUCAAAUGCUCUCCUCACACGGCGGCGAGAUAUAAGCACAGGCCAAGUAUUGCAGAAUAGAAUGAAAGGGCGUCUUAGUGCCAAAACAUCCUCACCAUCUGUUUUGCCCCAGAUCCCAUCUAUGCACAGUCCAGGAAGUUUGCGAGGCAGCCACUCCAUAAUUGCAGAGCUUGGAGGGAAGUCAUCACAACACAAAUGCAACAGUACCUUGCACAAGCGUACUUCAGAUUUUUCUUCACGUGAGCAGACUAGCCUGAUGUUACCCAGCAGUCGACGGAACAGCAGUACAAGUACACUGAGUUCCUACAUGAGCAGCAUGCGUUCAGACACGAGUCCCUUCCCUCCCAACAGCAGCAAACUGUCCUCGCGGCGUUCAUCAGAAGCAUCACAGGUAUCUAACAAUCGGCUCAGCAUCAACAACUCUCCAUAUGAAUAUGACAUCACGGGCAAUCGGCCACAGAAUUCAGUAAAUGGCUCAAGCAGCUGUUCACGACGAUCAAGUGAAAGCAGUAACUGUAAUGUUGGAACCAUGUCCGCCAUGAUGCAGAAAGCCAAUCUGGGUUCUCAUCCAAACUUGGUUGUCCAGUCACAAGGAAACAUGCUGCAGAAUCCAGCUAACAAGUAUUCUAAUGAAAGACUAGCCAGAUACUUUGCUGCAAGAAAGGACUUUACUGAUGCUUGCAAUGCAAGAAACUGCACUCCCACUCGCACUCCUUUGCCGCAUGAAGUGCCAGGCCGAGAAGUUCGCCGUGCAAGUGACCCUUGUCGUGCCCAGGAUCCUAAUUUUGAGUCUCUUCGACGGUUACAGAGGUUUCACAGUCUGAACAUGGUGAAACCUUUGCCCAUCCCACCGUCCAUGCGGAGCUUGCAAAACAAAGCGAGUUCCAACCAGACUUUCCAUUCUUCUCGAAGCAGCAUUGCUACAGAUUACUCCUUACCAGAGAACUGCAACAGUGAGCAUGGCUCACCAGAGUACAGUUUUCCUGGGGACUUGGAUACUGAGGCAGCUUUGGAUGAAAGAAUGCUGGAAGACAAUGAGGAUAUGAUCAUUCCCGAUGAUAUGCAGCGGUUUUUGAAUGAGCGUUAUCACAACAACCAGCCUUUGUCGGAUGACAUGCAAAGGUUCUUGAGUGACCGCUACAGCAGCAAUGUGAGUAGCAUAAAUGGCAGCGACAACCAUCAGCAACCAUCCCAAAUGUCCUUCGUAGACUCUGGAGGACUGGAUUCUUUGUGCACUAGUCGUAUGUCGCAUGAUGGUAGCAACAGUGUAGGCAGCUACCUUCAGGACCACUCACAGCUUUCCCCUCACAUGCCCAGCCAGUCCAUGCACCACAUGAGAGGCCAUGGACAGUUCUCUCCCAAUCUGCACGUCCAGACUGGAUUUGACAGUAACAUCAGUUCACCCCUGCCAAGCUUGAGCAGUCCUUAUGGCAGCCAAGGGGGCUCAUCAGGGGCCCCAAUGCCAAUGUCUCCUUGGCCUCAGACGCAGCAAUCCUCCAUGGUCAACCAUCACUGUCAGGCCCAGCAGCAUCCAAUGCCACCCCCACCUGUGCAGAACCACCAACAUCAGCACAACAACAACAACCACAACCACAACCACAUGACAGCCAGAAAUGUUCAGCUAAUGUCACAAGGUGGACACUGCCCAAACAACCUUGUGAAUGGCAGUGCAGGUUGUGGCAUGGCUAACCUGAGUGGCAUGGGGAAUGGUCAGAAUUGUGUUGGCAUAGGUGUGCAUGGAGGGGAGGGCAUGAAUUCCAUGAAGUCUGGAGCCAUUGGUCAUGUGGGUAUGCCAGGUAUGCAGAACCCUGGGGCUGCUGGACCAUGGCAAGUCCCAAUGCCUGGCACAUCUGGCAAUAGCAGUUUCAGUCAGUAUCACCACCACAAGCAGCAGCUGCAACAACAGCAGAUGUCACAGAGUGCAAUGAUGGGUGGAGAACUGCCAGGAGGUGCAUACACUCCUGUGCCUCCACCCAUGAACAAGAACAUGCUGGUGGCAGGAGUGCCUGGGAUGGUAGAAAUGAGCAAACCUCAUCGCACCAGCCCGCAAGUGCAGGUUCCCCACAUUAGCCAGUCCCAGAUCCCACCCAACGCCAAGCGCAACAUGUUGCGGCAACAACAAUCGCAGUCUCAGCAGGGUAUGAUGUCACAUCAAAUGCAGCCACAGCGCCAGAUGUCUUUGCCACCUCUGCAUCACCCAGUUCAACCUACAGCACAAUUGCAGGCACCAGCCAUGCACCAACACCAUCACCAGCAGCACAUACAACCACAGCAGCAAUCAGUGUACUUUGACAGUCAUGCUGGCUGUCAGUCUCAGGCCAUGAAAGGGCCCCUCCAGCAGAAUUAUUUGAACAAGUGGAGGCGGGCAGAUGCAAAACUCUGUGAUGGAUAACAUGGAACUAGUAAUAAUGCAUACAAUCAGCGGUACCACCAUCCACACACAUCCUCCACAUCACACCACCACCGAGGUGCCAUGAUUUCACCAAGUGGCACCAGCACACCUUCAGGAAUGUUCUGCCAACCCCAUCCACCCUCUAACCAGCACCCAGGAUAUAACUCUCACCUGUCGCCUCACCCUCCUUAUUCUUACCCCAUGGAAAUGUCACCUGGUUGCAAUCAAGUGACAAGUUCUACCGAUUGCAAAGAAACCACAGCUCCACCCAUCGAGGAUUUCAUGGACAACAUCACUUCUCUGUCGACUGAGAAUCUUAUAGAAAACAUAUCCACUGACAAUGUGUUUGGCUCUAUGACUGGUUUGCCAAACCGCUCUGCUUCUCAAAACUCCAAUCGUUACAAUCCCAUUCUAAACACCUCCAACAUGGCCGUGAAUGAUAUGAGCUCCAUGCUGACACAACUUGCCGAGGAGAAUAAAUAUCUGAGCAUGAGACCGUGAUGUUUUUGUGAAUCUUGAAAUAAAGAAACAGGUAAAAUAGUCCCAAGAAGGCAGUCAUAUAUAUUUUUAGGAGUGGAUAUUUGGAACUUUGUCUCAGUUUCUGAAAUAAUUGAAGGUGUUUUGUUUGGGGCAAGAAAGAGUUUGACGUGCAUAAAAGGAUGCAGAAAUUGAUUCACUAGUGUAUUUUACUGUAAUGCUGGUCAUCUAGGUCAACAUUAAACCUUUGUGUGGCAAACAUUCUACCAGUUUAUCAUCUGUUUGAAAUAUGUAAUUUGAUAAAAGUCUGAUGCAGGAUCAAGAAGUCUGUUUGUGGCCUUGUGAGCAUGAACAUGUCCUGAAAUUGUGACCAUGGUCUGUAAUUACUUGUGCCUAUUUGAUCCUAUUUGCUGACAAUCAGUUGCUGAAAAAGGAAUAGAGAUGUGAAACAUGUGAAACAUAGCAAGAGCAACUUGAGGUAAAGAGAAGGGUAAUUCUGAAUGACACAAGGAGAAAUAAAUAUGGUGGCCGGUCUGGAGAUGAAGUGCAGUAGUCCUGAGUGGACAGAGGUGCCCAUGAAUCUAUGAAUUAUAGGAGGUUCUGGGAGAGCGCCGAUAAAUAUGCAGACGAAAGUGAAGGGUAUUCAUGGGCGAUGAAGAUGUCAAGUGAUGGGGUUCUUGGAUGAUACUGUGGUUAGUGAGAUGGAAUACGAUGUAGCAGUUUAUAAGCUCUUCAAGAGCAAGUGAAAACUGGUUGUUUGCAGCUGACGUGAUGGUUCUGAGAAGAUGAUUACUGAUGGUGACUGUAGCGGAAGCAGGAAUUGGUAAACAAGGUGUCCAGCAAAAGAAAGCUGAAUUAGGAAGAUAGAGCUGCAGAAAAUGGAAGCAAGAAGCUCCAACUGCUCUGUGCUGGCCAUUGAAGGCUAUAGUGGACUUAUGAUUCAGGGGCCAUCUGCACAAACUUUCUCUUCUUUGGCUUGUUGUGAAGACGUGCCAUCUGCAAUAUUUUUUCUGUCCUAGAUUUUCUUGUCUGUUUUAUUUCCUUAGUGUAACAACAUUCAUAUUUUCCUCAUUUUUGCAAAAAAUUCACAGGUUGUCAAGACAUAACAUUGGUCAGACAUGUUGAAGUCAUUACGCUAAACUUAACCUUGUGCCUUUUUUUUAAAACACUGUUUGAAAGAAUAAUAAAGCCAAGAAGAAACACCCUUUUUCAUCAUUUACUAUGCAGAUAGGCUUCCUGGCAUGAGGAAAGCGGCUGUUAAAUGCAUUGUUGCUAUGGCUGAUCACAGUGACAUAAAAUUGUCCUUUUUCCUGCAUCAGCUACUAAGAUCAGUUUAAGAUCUCAGAAAAUAAGUGGCUGGAAAAGGUAAUGUGUGUAAAUUAAAAUGGUGGCUGCAGUUAUGUUGCAGAUUAACACUUUCUUCUUGCUUUCUAAUGCAAGAAAUUUUUGAGUGCAUAGAGUCUAGUCCCCAUCAUCUGUAUGUCUUUGUCUUUUUUUAUAAACCUGUCUGAAUGAUCUGACUCAGUAACAUGAAAGGGGUUUUAUAAUUCCUCAGACUGCUUUAUUGCCUCUUGAAGCACUUACCUGUUGUGCGUUUUAUGGAAGGACCAAACAUAUCUCCUUAAGGUGAAGAGUUACACCCAAUUAAAAUAUAAAAGCAAACUAAAUGUUGAUGUGGACAUAUUUUCAUUUCACUGCUCUUAAUGUCCCUCACAGAUCUUAGUGGUCCAUUUCUCAGUCACUCUCACGUUUGUGUGUGCAUGUAGAAAUAAAUGUCCAUGAUUAGUGCAACAGUGAAAACAUAAUGACAUUUGAUGAUAUAUAAUUUAGAAAUGGUUAUUCUACUCCAGAGCAGUUUAUGGCAAAUAAAAUCUUUCAAUAGGUGCUAGAUUUUAAACUGCAACCCUGGGUACAGCAAAAUGUUGCUAAUAUGUUGACUUAAGUUUUUCACAGAAGUGCCUCAGCUGUUCAUCUUCAUUCUUGUAUGAACAGUGCUCAUCCAGAUAACCUCAUGUACCAUCGACUUAAAGAUUGUUGAAUUCUUCAGUUUAGUGCAUGCCGCCCAGGAUUAAUUUAAGAACCUGUCAGAUAAAUGCAAUACUCAACUAUCAGCGCUCUCUAUCCCUAAAAAUAAAAGUGGUUUUCUUCCACACAGAGUGGAUAAAAUUAUCUAAAUCAUAAAUACUUCUUAAUUCUUACCAGCAAUAAUAAACACUCAGAAUAUAACCACUGAGGAAUUUAUUAGCAUAAUAUUUGUUUAACAGUUGACUUAGUUUGCAACAUGGUUCUUUAAGGCAAUAUGCAGGGGUGUGUUUAGUAAAAAUGUUCUCUUUGUUCGUGUGUAUGCAUGGGUACUUGCAAGAGUAAAGUUUCUAAUCUUGUCGAGUUUGUGCAAAAAAUGUCUCUCUCAGAAUGUCAUCUUGGGUUGCUAAGCAAUCGUUACAGAUUACAUGUAUACUGAUUUUAACUGCCUGCAUUUUACUCCUUUCCUUUGCACAAGAAUGUAAGCACUUGCAUUGUUUUAUGGAAAAGAAUGAUUGUUUGAAAGGGAUUGCAUGUAGCUUGCUUCUUCUACCUCUAGGUAUUCAGCACAUGAAAUGUGCUUUGAAAUAUCUCAACUUACCUAUUUAUCUAUGUGCACAAGAUUUCUUUGUUAUGAAAAGCAUGUUCAUUUUGCUUCUCAACCAUUAUCAUGGAUAGUAUGUACUGUUGCAGGUAGACCUGUGUGUUCUUUUUGAAAGCCUUUGAGAGGCAUUUUUGGUAGCAUGCAAAUAUACCAUGUUCCAUAUCUCUUGUUAUGAAAGUGCAUAUUUUUCUAUAAUUCAUGUUUAAUUUUUUAAUAGAAACAUUUAUAAAUAUCAUAGUUUACAUCAAGCAUAACGGAUAUUCAAUACUCAAUACAGCUAUGCAUAAUUUUCUUUUUUAUCUCGUUCAUGAUAUUCAGCUAUGGCUAGCUUUGCUACUUUGUGUCUAAUUUCUUUGUUAAAAAAGAUAUUACAUUUUAAAAUAAAUCCUUGUUAAGUUUUUGUUCUGACUUUUAAAAUUGAAAUUCUCUUAUUAAAAGAGGCUUUAGUAAGUAGCAAGAUUCCUCUGCUUCAAUCUAAACAAAAGCUUAGAUAAGGUGAAAAUUUAAACCAUUGUUUUUUAAGGGGCAAUGUGAACACAACGAAAACAGGUUUUGAUUGUUAUUCAGAUUUUCUCCAAGUCUUUCAUGGCUGCAUAAGUCUUCCUCCACUUAGCACUUUUGCUAACCCUUGCAGAAUGUGAUGCAAAUUCAAGUUUAACAUCAAAAGAUUCCUGAAACUGUUGGAGUAAAGAUGGAUAAAUAAAAAUAUAAAUGAUAAUAAAGGGAGAUACAAAUUAGGCUGUGCAUUACAAUAAUGAGAGCCUGUUUGAAUUUUUUUAAACCUUUCUCUAGUUCUAUUUUAGAUGAGUAUACAUCUCAAAAUUGAUUUAAAACUAAUUAUCCACUUCUCCCUUUGCUAUGUGACAUUUUAAACUCUGCAAGAUUUUCAGGGGACAUGAAUUUACUAUGUUAAAUAACAAAAGCCUUUUAUAUAGAUAGAUGAAAAUGUGUUUUGAUAUUUGUUUACAUAGACUUUUUUAAAAUAUGUUUUUUUGGCCUAGCAAGGUGCCUUAACCCUAUUUUGAGGCUUAAUGCUUUGUUCCCCACAAAAGAAUUAAAAUUAUAGAGUAACAAAAAUACCUUUGCUAGUUAUCAUAUUCUAUGCAUUAUGCAUUAUUUUAUGAGUGUAAACUCAGUUAUGUGCCUUUACUAUUUGAGCAUCUUUUUACUGUUCUGUCCAUGGAUUUUUUUUCAAAUGGUAUUUACCAUGGUAAAUAAAUGAAUGCAUCUGCACUUUUCUAAAACCAUUAUCUAAAAUGUUUGCAUUUCUGACCAGAGCAGGCCAGUUUCUGGGAAGAUACAAAGAAUUGGAAGGUGUUGAGAUAGUGUUGCAUCAUGUUUACUAAAGUACAUAGAUGAUUACUGGUACUUUGCACAUGGGUGCCUUUUGUAUGAAAGGAAGAGGUUGGCGUUGUACAGAGAAAAAGAAAUCAGGAGAUUUAGAAAUUCUAGGAAGAGUAGCUUGCUUACUUGAGAAACUGUAUGACUUCAUGUAUGAAUGUAAUAUGCUAGAUGUAGGUGGGGAGAGAAAGAGGAUUUAUACAUAAAACUGAUGGAGGACAAAAGAAAAAAAAAAG